ACAUUUCUACUUUACUCAUUAUUUUGGGGUCCUUGCAAAUACCAAAAGAAGACGACUCAAUUCAUCUGCCAAUUUCUGAAGCUGAUACCUUUGUUUGGAGAGAUGGAGAUUCAGCAAUCAUGGAGGCUCAGAUUCUCUUACAAGACUGCAACCAUAGUUUUGAUGAUAAUGAAUGCUCUCUUCUUGUUUCGAGGGUUUUUUCCUUCUGCUUCUACCCGCACUAAGCUCUCUUCAAACCACCCAAAUUCAGUGUCUUCAAACUCAGUUGACUCAAAGUACAUCAGAGAAUCUGAAGAGAUACGCCUUGCUAUGCGACCUUUGGAGCUGAUAAAAAGAGUAAGUGUUGCAUUAGGUCUAAAAUUUCCACCUCACCAUUGGAAAGUCUGACUUAAUUGUAUCAAACAUGAACUGGUAUGAUGUUUGUUUGUUGAUACUUUAUAUCUCUUUCUCUGCACCUCCUUAUCCCUUUGACUUUUGGGGUCUUUUUUGUAUGAGUUUUUGACAUAUGCUGAAUAAGGUUGACAUUGUUACAUUAUUGAAGUUCAAAAAGGUAAUAGCUGGUUGGAUACAGUGCAUUUUUCUAUGACCAUAAAUCCUUAUUUUAGGUAAGGGAGAUUGAGCAAGAGGCAUAUGCUGAACCAGAGGCAGACCAGGAGAAAGAAUCUAAGCAGACUGCAGCAAUUGAUCUUUCUAAAAGGUUAAAGGACUUCCGUGCUUUCAACGAUGCUGCCAGCUUAAAAGCUUUGGAAGAAUGGCGGAAACGGAAGAUGGAACGGGCUAAACAAAGGGAGCUGGAGAAAAAUGGAACGGCUGUUUCUCAAGCUUGAUCCAUGCCCAACGAUUGGCAAUCAUCCUGCUGAAUACACAAAGUAUGGAUAAUCAAACACUACUACCAUCAUACCCGUGUAUAUAAAAAUUCACAGAUGCAAGUUAAAACACUGUUGAAACUUGACCUAUCAGAUUAGCACUCUGCCAGAAACAAGCUCUUCUGCUCUUUUUGGUUAGUUUAGCACUACUUGGAGUUGCAUUUUCUUAUGGUUCACUUCAAUUGAUCUUGCUUUUGUCAAAUGAAUGUGUUGUCAUUAGAACUGUACUAUAUUGCAAAUCACAAUCAUUAGAUUAAAAAAAGGCUCCCUCU